CAUCCCGUUUCUACGAGGCACUGCAUUCCAUCCUCGGUGCGGCCGCCACCACUACCCCACCACUGACCGUGGACUCUGAGGAUGGGAUAUUGUCCACGGCCGGUUCCUCGGACAUGUUAGUGGACGGGGAAGAUGAGGAAGGAGAUGAGGAGGGCGAGGCAGUCGGCAGCGCUCACAACGCUGAUUUCCCCGACAGCCAGGAUCUCUUCAUCACCCUUACAGAGAUCCCCUACGAAGCGUCCCCAGCCGUUACCCCGGACACAGAAUCUGGGGAAGGAUCAGCCACCACAUCUGCGACUGUCUCACAACGUAGCCUGGCAUCACACUCCCAGAGGCUAGCGAAGAUUAGGCAUAGGAAGAAGAGGACACGGGAGGACAUGUUCUCUGAACUUAUGGCCUGUUCCCAAGCCCAGGCAGCACAGCAGACCCAGUGGCGGGAGAAAUUGACCCAAAUGCAGCAAGCAAACAUGGAUCGGGAGGAGAGGUGGCGGCAGGAAGACCAGCAGGCGACUCAAACGCUGCUUGGACUACUGAGGGAGCAAACAGACACGCUCCGGCGCCUUGUGGAUGUUCUGCAGGAACGGAGGCAGGAGGACAGAGCCCCGCUGCAGUCCAUCUCUAACCGCCCUCCCCCGCCACCAAGUCCCAUACCCAUCUCACCCAAAGUGCAAAGAAGGAGAGGCGGCAGAGUCCCUGCUAACUCUCACUCCACCCCUGCAGAGAGCUCUAGUAGCAGAAGGCUCUCAUUCCCCAAAACUUGAAAAGUUCUUUCCUUCCCGCCUGACACAAGCCCCCGUCCAAGUUUCACCUCCCACUUCCAUGUGUAGUUGAUAAUAAAAAAUAUGUUUC